AGUUCAUGCCGAUCGACAAUUAACAUGGAAUGUUAUGCUUUGCUUCCAACUCGGCAAACACGCAGAUGUUCAUUAACAUCAUUCAAAACCAUAACAAUCAUUCAUACCUAAUUAUACUGUCUUGAUGUUCGAUUCUGUUAGUUUUUUGUGUGAGCAACUGCGUGAUUAUCCACAAGAAAUGUUUUUUUACGAUGGACACUUGCUGCGUGUCGAGUUGAUUGUCAAGAGUUACUUUCUAGUUUCGUGUCACCGGCUGUAGAUUGAUUUAUGCAAUCAUGUAAAGUGUGUCAUUAGAACCAUGCAGACACUAUAUGUAGUAUUAUUGUUGUGAAGCUGUCGUGAUCUGAAUGCGGUGAUUAUUGUCAUUCUUGAAUGAUAGGCAUGUAGCCUUGUUGACCAAUUAAUGUUGUAAACAGUGUGCUCAUUAGGACUUUAUAAUAUGCUUUCUACUUGUAUUCCUCAUUCCCUUGAAGUUCACCUUCAGGAUGAUACGAGUGAAUUUGAAGAUUGCCUUGUUGUUGACAUGUUUCGUUGUAAUGCUUGUUAUGUUGUCACUAUGGACUCGUUGUGGCGAAGUGGUUCAUGCUCGAGGUGGCAUGAACUCGGAUUGGGACUCAAAGAAGUCACCAAACAUGCAGGACACAUAUUCUGGAGGAGAAGGAGCAGAACAUGGCGGGGGUGAUGUGCAAGGAUAUGAGGAAAUUGACUGUAAUAUUAAUGGAGAGUUCACUGUGAGCUGCCGUAAAGAAGGAGGAGAAGUCUACAUGCCAUUUUCUUUCCUACACAAAUAUUUUGAAGUUUAUGGAAAACUUGCCACAUAUGAUGGAUUUGAACGUUUUGAAUGGUCUCACAGUUAUUCAAAAGUUUACUACCCUAAGGGAAAGUAUGAUUCACGGGGUGUAUUUAUGUACUUUGAGAAUUAUAAUGUAGAAGUAAGAGAUAGAGUGAAAUGUGUGAGUGCAACUGAAGGUGUUCCUGUUUCUACACAAUGGGAAAGUCAGGGUUACUAUUAUCCUACACAAGUAGCACAAUUUGCUUUGUCUCACUACAGCAAAAAUCUCACUGAGCCAGAGCCUCGAAGGAAAGUCCUUGAGGAUGGAGAUAAGGAAAUGGCGCAGUGGUCCGUUCCACAAGGAGGUUCUCUCACCAGAGAGACAGAUGCACAGACUGCAAGUGUUGUUGUUCAUUUUAGUAGUCCAGAAAUGCUGACUGGGGGAGUUACUUUAAAACUUGACCACGUCUUAGAUUUUAUAUUGAGUUUGAAUUUACGUCUUGUUGGUAAUGGAAGCUUCAGCAUCACUUUGCAGAGUCGUGAAAAACGUGAAUUGUUUUAUUUGCAUUACAUAUGCUCAGAUCUCCUAAUUUCUGCACAGGACCAGCACAUUUACCAUGGAAUAGGCCAUGUUACAGGCUGGCGCCGUAUGACAAGAGACUUAAUUGUAGAUUUGCAGAAAGGUUUAGCUUACGAAGGAAGGGCAAAGCGGAAAUUGUCUCGAUCAAAGCUAAAAGUGGUUGGCCUUACAUUCCGUGGUCAAGGUUACCUGGAUAAUCUGACCUUGAGCUCAUCAGAACACUUGGCUCACUUUUAUGAUGCUGCACACUGGUUUGUGAAGCAUCAGGAUCCAGAUACUGGCGGGUGGCCUAAUCCAGUGCGACGGCGGGUGGCAACUGGAAUGGCUGAUCUGGAACCAGGAUGGUAUUCUGCAAUGGGUCAGGGCCAUGCUAUUUCUGUUUUGGCCCGAGCAUACCAUCAUUCAGGAGGUGAUGCACAAUAUUUACGGGCUGCCUUAGCAGGCCUGAGGCCCUUUCGAGUUGCAAGUGCGGACGGUGGGGUGCUGGCCACUUUCCUUGGUAAAUUCCCAUGGUAUGAGGAAUACCCCACCCGCCCAGCAUCUUUUGUUUUGAAUGGCUUUAUAUAUUCCCUUUUGGGGUUGUAUGACCUCAAAACUAUUGCCCCUCCAGACCAAGCCCAAGAAGCGGCUGCUCUUUUUGAACAAGGAAUGGUUUCUCUGAAGGUGAGGAAACACAAGGAGGUAGAUUUUAGAUUUAUCACUUAA